AUGUGGUCUUGCCCAAACCACGCGACGUCGUUUGAUAAGGCUCUUGUUCCCUCCGUCUCAGCCACGUCCUGGAGGCGAAGCCACGGCGUCUCCACCAACGCCAGCCAACAAGGUGGGAAAUUGGGGCACAGGCACACCCUUCUUGCCACUCACCAUUCCAAUUCGACUCCAAUUUCGAAACCAACGCAACAAGAAGCCGAGAUUAGUGGAUCAGAUAUACUUUGGGCAUUACAGAGAGCGAGUGCUCGGAAGAAGAAGACCCAGAAGAAUAAGAAGGAACUCCGGAGGGAAGAAUCCUCUGUGGCCACUGUCCCCGAACGACCCGCCGUGGAUUACACCAAUGUUCGUCCACUCUCCAUAAACGCAAAUUGGGCUGCUAAAUUGGAUGACUUGGAAAAACGUCUUCGUGAGCUUUCAGAUAAUAAUUUAAUAUAG